AUGUUUGUAGCUCUUAUUCUUUGUUUGGUCGGUAUUGCAGUUGCACAACGACCGGUUCCAUGUACUACUCCACCACAAUGGGAAGGACGUAUUUUUGACGUUAAUGAAAAAGAAAAAUUUGCAUUAGAAGGAAGAUUAAGUUAUGAUGCUACUUAUCAUCGUGAACGUCUCGUUGAUGAAGUCGAAGAAGGCACUAUGGAUGAUUUUUAUGAUACAAUUGCUCUAUUUGAUUCAAAAGUUGAAUUUGUUUACAAUUUCAAAGCUCGUAAUUGUACACGUCGGGAAUUAACUCGACCAUGGCGUGAUUUUGGUAUUCGUCCAACUGAUCGUUCAUAUGGUGAAGCUUACAUUGGCUCAUCAGUUUUUCCUGAGACCGGUGUAUUAGUCACAAUCUGGGCUGGUAAUUUCACAUUACCAUCAAAUGAUACAAUUGAUUAUGUUUCCACAUGGACCUAUCGAGCAUGUCUUCCAGUUUCUCGAACAACUCACAGUGACAAAUUUGGUAUCGGACACUUAUCAUUUUAUGAUAUAACAGUUGGUAUUAGAGAUCCAGAUGUAUUUAUUCCACGACGAGAAUUUAUUUAUUCUUCUCCUGUUUCAUCUCCAACAAACGAAACCAUGAUUUUGGCAUUUGUUCUUUGUUUGGUCGGUAUUGCAGCUGCACAACGACCGGUUCCAUGUACUACUCCACCACAAUGGGAAGGCCGUAUUUUUGAUGUUAAUGAAAAAGAAAAAUUUGCAUUAGAAGGAAGAUUAAGUUAUGAUGCUACUUAUCAUCGCGAACGUCUCGUUGACGAAAUCGAAGAAGGCACUCAGGAUGAAUUUUAUGAUACAAUUGCUCUUUUUGAUGCAAAAAUUGAAUUUGUUUACAAUUUCAAAGCUCGUAAUUGUACACGUCGGGCAUUAACUCGACCAUGGCGUGAUUUUGGUAUUCGUCCAACUGAUCGUUCAUAUGGUGAAGCUUAUAUUGGCUCAUCAGUUUUUCCUGAUACAGGUGUAUUAGUUACAAUCUGGGCUGGUAAUUUCACAUUACCAUCAAAUGAUACAAUUGAUUAUGUUUCCACAUGGACCUAUCGAGGAUGUCUUCCAGUUUCUCGAACAACUUACAGUGACAAAUUUGGUAUUGGACACUUAUCAUUUUAUGAUAUAACAGUUGGUAUUAGUGAUCCAAAUGUAUUUAUUCCACGACAAGAAUGCCUUACGAGUGAAGAAUGGAACAUGCGACACACUCUUUUUGGUACACCUACCAAGAAAAACUGA